AUGGCGACGUUACGCUCCCCCGUUCCCGAGCUGACCUCCAAGCUCUUAUUCUGCACUGCAGCAAUCCUGGUGGAUGACUAUUCACCAGUCAACGAGGCUGGUGGCCCGACGGGAGUCGUCACCUCCGGCUUGCGACCAGCGAUGAGAGAACAGCCAGCCCCAGUUCCCCUUUGGCCUGCCUCAAUCCCUUCUUCCGGAAUUUCCAUCCGUCAAUUGGAAUUGGCGGAGCUGGAGUCGACCUGA